AUGUCUCGACGUAUCUACCUCGAAACAACGGCAAGUGGCAAACAGCAAUUUGUAUCCAUCAAACGCUCCCGUUCCCAUGGCCACCACCACCAUCACCACCACCAUGUAGAGCACGACUACUACAAAGUCAGUGUUGAGGAGUGGGACAGUAUAAAGGAGCGGGAGCGAUGCCUCGAAGACACCAAUAGGAGCCUGGCUGCACAGGUUAGUUCUCUGAAAGCCAGUCUAACGGCUGCGCAAGGGGAUGCACAUCACCUCCGCCACGUCGUCGUGCCACAGCUGCAGAAUCAGAUCAAAACUCUCGGUUUAGACAACGCGGCCCUUCGAAAGUCUCUGGACAAUGCGAGCCGUAACGAAGGAAAGCACUGUCGAGACGCAGAGAGUCUAAGACAGACUAUUGAUAAACUGGAGAGGGAAAAGAGGGAUGUCAAGGACGAAAACUACAGUCUCAAGGACAAGAUCAAGCACUUGCAGGACGAAGUCGGGUCCAGCUGCGGGCGACGAGUAUCAGACCUCAUUCGGGAAGUAGAAUAUUGGCGGAAGGAAUGCCGAUACUGGAGAGACAUGUACGAGGAUACCAAACGCAACCAUGACGACAUCUGCAUUACUUUGGAUAUCAGAACGGAGAAAAUGAGGGCAUACGAAGAGAUUUUGAAACGUAGGCGGAUAAUUUGA